UAGCUUCGGAUUGAGGGAAGUGUGCGUUUUUUGGUUUUGUAACAUAUUUUCACUGUGAGUUGACGGCGAGGGAAGGGCAGCUCUUUUCUUGUUUUUGAAAACCAAACGGGUGCGUUUUUGGUUUAUUCAAUACCUGUGCCUCGGGCAUAAAUGUUUUUAAUAAGUGCAUACGGGUAUCCGCACACCCUUACUAAGAACACACAGCUAAAGGAGCAAACAAUCUAUUUAUAACACCAGCCUCCUCUGUUCUGGUUUUUGUGUGGCUGGUAUGAUCAUCUAGUUUUGCAAGAGGCGUCUGAUAAUAUGUGCGCGACAUCCCAUUGUGUCGAGUCCUAUAUAAACACACCGCGGGCAUCACAGAGAAAAUGUUACCGUCGAACCCCGCUCCUGUUCAAACGCACACGGCAGAAUGAUUUCGUUACGCAGACUCAGCUCUUUUAUCAAAAUGAAUAAAAUACCGUACAACACUUUCACUUUCCACUUCCAAAACCUGCAACGAGCCCCGCGCAGAAACGAGACGUGGCUGUGCCAGAUUCUGAGCAGGAAAGACGGGGAAGCAGUUCUGCAGGUGUUCAGAAACAAAGGGUCCGAACACGCAGAGGAAAUCUGCCUGCGGGAAAACGAAGCUGCGAUUCAAGUUGCUGAUCGAUAUGAGAUCACCUGGUACACGACCUGGAGCCCCUGUGAAAGAUGCUCACCCAAGAUACUUGAGUUUGUGAAGAACCACCCCAAUGGGAAGCUGAAUAUCUUUGCCUCCCGGCUGUAUUACUGUGAAGAACCCGCCAAUCUGAAAUCAAAAAUACCUAAAAAACAAAUUGAAAUUAAAGAAAAAAUCCAGGGUUGUAGAGAGGGGUUACGCAAGCUUGAACGACAUGGGAAAAUUUGUUUAAAAAUGAUGACUUUGACAGAGAUUCAGGACUGUUUUCAUCGCUUUGUUGAAUUUCAACCCUGGGGAAAGCUUGAAGAAGAUUCACAACUCUAUGCCGAGAAGCUGAAGGAGAUAACUAAAGAAGAAAGAAAAAAGAAAGGCAAGGCUGCCACUAAGAAAGACGAGCAGACUUCCACCAAGAGAGAGCAGCGAAACCAACAGCGCGGCACAACGGCAUGACCCGGACAAGCGGCCAGUCCGCUCUCUGCGCCUCACCUCUUAUUAUAGAGCCCGCACUGCAGCUUCAAUACCGUGCGCUUCAAAGACAGGCUGAGACGCGCCUCUCUCUUAAUUAUUCAAUUCAGUGUGAUUCAUAUCUGUCAAUGCAUGGGUGUUCUUCUAUUAGGAGUGGAGUAUUUUAAAAUAAUA